CCGGGGACUCUCUCUCCCACGCUCCUCUAGCUCUGCACACACAAGCGCCACUUUUUCUGUCUGUUCAGUAGCCAAUCACAACGCCGCGCUGUGCUCAAGAUGCGCCAGUCCGCUCUCCUAUUUUUCAACUCUUGCAGGCGACUGAGGACCGACGCGACGACAUGGAUGCAGGGAGCCGGAGCAGAGUUGCUCGUAGUGUACCAUAAGUGGGAAUGAACACUGUACCACUUCAGAGCUUUUCAACUCAUUCUGGGAUGACGCUGCUGAGAUGAAUGUCCGUGGAGUGUCUUUUAAGUAAAAUAAGCAAUGUAGUUUGAAAUGGAGUAUUCUGUUUAAGCAGCAUCAUUGAUAGGAAAAGAAGAAAGCACACUUCAAUAAGUUUGUGCGUUUCUGCUGUGCUGUUCUGUCGAUUUGGAGAUUGACAUGUAUGAAUAGCACACCUUAUCUCCUCUCAGCCGACCCAGGGACAUAUUUGGAGGGGGCUGGAUGUUGCAGGCAGCGCGUCAGUGAGCUUUACCCGGCCAAGUGCGUCCCCAAGUCCCUAUAACUCCCCGAACUUCAUAGGAUUCAAGGCACGAUGAUUCUCUUUGGAAUACUUCUGAAUCUAAUAUAUCAUGGCAGCCUGUCGGUGAGUGGCGGGCCUCUGGAUUGCGUGGAGGCCGAGCGCGGUUGCCUGCUGGAGCAGGCCUGCAUGGGGGUGUACGGCCUGCUGGAGUACUGCGUGGCCGAAGAGGCCGUGUCGCCCCUGGGCGCGGACGCCCGGAGGGAAUGCCUGGAGGCCCAGAGUGCCCUGCAGAAACAGCGGCCCCUCCAGACGUGCAAGUGCCAACGCGGCUCCCGUCGGGAGGAACACUGCCUCCGGGUGUACUGGACCGUCAGGUUUGCCGCUUACGACGAGUACGAAGUGUCCCCGUACGAAGAGCUGGAGGUGGAGCUGGUGAGGAACAUGGAGCUGUCUCGUAUGGCCUCCAUCAUGGCAGCCUCCUCCCUCCCUCUGGAUGGGCAGAACCUGUGCCUGAAGGCCGCCCAGGACUGCGGCCUGUACGAGAAGUGUGGCUCCCUCCGCUCGGAGUACGUGGUGGCGUGCACCAAGCGGGCGCCCGGCUCCGACGGCAGCUGCAACCGGCAGAAGUGCCACAGGGCGCUGCGGCGCUUCCUGGAGCGCGUGCCCGAGGAGUACAGCUUGGCGCUGCUCUUCUGCCCGUGCUCAGACGCCCUGUGCGGCGAGCGGAGGAGGAAGACCAUCGUGCCGUCGUGCUCCUACGAAGAGAGGGACGGCAAGCCAAACUGUCUCAGUCUGCAGGGCUACUGCAUCAGGGAUGAGCUAUGUAGAUCUCGACUGGCUGAUUUCCAGCACAACUGCCAGCCCUCUUCACAGUCUCCCUCUGGCUGCAUGAGAGAGAGUGGAGCCGUUUGCCUCAAGGCCUACGCUGGACUCAUAGGUACCAUCAUGACCCCUAACUACGUGAGCAACAGGAGCACAGAGGUGUCUCAGUGGUGCAGCUGCGAAGGCAGCGGCAACCAGUGGCAGGACUGUCGCCACGUCCUGCACAUGUUCAGCUCCAACGCCUGUCUACUGAAUGCCAUCAGCUCGAUGGGCACCUCCCCGCUUCGCCCGGUAGAGAACAUUCCCCAGACCCCCCCCCACCCUACCCCGCGGCUUCACGAGGACAAGGUCCACGUCUACGUCAACGUCCUACCAGACGUCAACAACAUGGAGGACAGCGAGGAGGCAGAGGAAGAAGAAGAGGAAGAGGAGAACAGCCAAGAGUUCAGCAUAAUCCCUCCCUACUCGGAGAACGACGCCAGCGUGGGGUCUGGGGCCCGUGGCAGCCACAGGGCAGCGGCCAGCCAAACAGCACCCAUGGUGCCUCUGUUGCUACUGCCUGCCUGCACACUGGGCUGGGGGGGGCGGGGCUAGACACCAACCACCCCACGCCCCUCCCUCUGCCCCCCGACCUCCUUACACCCCCCUCCUCCACACACACACACACACACUCUCCGCUCAACCGGGCUCACCUCCACCAAGGCCAAGGGACCGAAAGCUCCGAGACUGAGAGGAGGACGAAAACAAAGAGCGUCAUCUCUGUCACUUUUGGUUUGAAUUGUCCUUUGAUUUAAAGUUCUUUAUUUGCUUUCGUUUUCCUGGCUGGUCCUCCUACUUAACUGGGAGUCCUCCAGGCCUCCUCUUCCUUAUUUCUUUUUCGGCAGCACAUAUGAAACCCAGCCAGCUGACUUGUAAAUUGAUGUAUGAAUUAAUAAGGACUGUCUGACAGGAUCAAUUUGACUUGGCGAGGCCUGCUUCAGAUUGGGCCUCGGGCUGCAUACCGCCCCCCCCCCCCCCCC